GUCAAACAAACUCGCCAAUAGAAUAUUUUAUUUUGUAAAAAUCGAUUACUUUUUAUUAUAGUAGAAAAUAAUUCAUUUCAUAUCUUUCAUCAUCUUAUUAAGUGGUAUAUUUGACUGUUAAUAUGUCCGAAUGUCAAUUUAAUGUAACAAAAUCGUUAAAACAUGGGGAAAUUGGUAUUUUUUGCAUCUCGAAGUUGAUAAUUCUUUUGUGAUCAUUUCGAUAAAGUACGUGACGUAUUGCGGUUAAUUUCUUUGGAGUGGUUUUGCGGAGAUAUAUAAAAAAUGGAUGGAUCAAUAAAAAUAGAAGUUGAGAAGCAUGAGGAGGGCGAGGAAACAGCAUCAGUCUCCCCAGCGCCCUCUGGACCUCUCAAAUUCAUCAGUGUAACUAGUUCCAUACUCACGGAAGAACAACGGGAGAUGUACGAAUCAGUCCUCUCAACAUGGAAGCCAGUGAUGUUUCCAAAGCGCAUGAAACAAUACAUCUGCCAGAAGUGUAGUAAGGAAUUCAAAAACUACCAAAAUCUGUACCUCCAUACAACGAGAGUACACUCAUCAGAAGAAUCAGCAGUUAUGUGCGAUAUUUGUGUCAAAACGUUCAAAAAUAAACACUACCUAUAUAUGCAUAGAAUGAACAAACAUUACUCGGAAUCAGAGAAAUGUUACUGUCAAUUCUGCUUCCAAGAAUAUCGUACACGAAGGGCUUUACACAUGCAUGUGAAGCGCGUCCAUCCGAACACUUUACCUGAAAUAAAGUGUCCGGAAUGCGGGAAAGAAUUCAGCGUCCCAUACAAACUGAGAUAUCACAUUGAUAGAUGUCACAGAGAAGAUAAGGACAAAUUUAAAUGUCCUAUUUGCGAGAAAUUAUAUAAAAGCCACCUGAAUUUGAACAGACAUUUACAUUUCCAGCACUCACAAGUUGAACGACAUCAAUGUGUGUUCUGUCCGAUGACAUUUAAGUCUCGUCAUCACAUGAAAAGACAUAUUUUAAAUAUCCACCCACCAUUAGAAUCAAAAGUACAAUGUCCGGAGUGUCUUAAAGAGUUCAAAAACGACCAAUAUCUAAAAGAACAUAUGCAAGUGCACACAUCAUUUGAGAAGAAAGUAAAAUGCGACCAGUGUGAUAAAUAUUUCCACUCCGCAGUCCGUCUGAAGAAGCAUAAAAAGAUAGUACAUCCCGAUAAACCGAAGUUACGCUGCGAAAAAUGUGACAAGGAGUUCGCGCAUGCGCAUUAUCUAAAAAGACACAAUAACUCCGUACAUCUAGAGCUUGAUGAGACGAAGUACGAACACGAGUGUCCGCAAUGCAACAAGAGAUUCAAAAUUAAGAGGUAUUUGAACAAUCACUUGCAGCGACAUGAACAACAACAUUUGAAAAGAAUAUCGCAAAUGGUGAAAACGGUUAUGGGUGAUGAACGUAAGCCUGGUGCUGCACCAGCAAAGAGACGAGGAAGACCAAGGAAAGUUCAUAAGGAAUUUGAAUUUAUCAAAUGCGAACCUGUGACUAGUUCUGAAUCGGAAUCCGAGGAGACUGAAUCAGAGUCAGAGUGAACUGAGGGGUAGAAACUACCCUAAGUAAGGUAUAAGUUAACACCCUUACUGUAGCACACAAAAAUAUCGCAUCUAUCGUUGAUUAUAUACAAAAAAAAUAUUUUCAAAAUGUACGUUCUUUACAACACAAGCAAAAAACUUCAUUUUAUUGUUUACAUUUGUCAAAUUAUCAAUUGCAAAUGUCAAAAUGACAUGACAUUACAAACCUU